CGUCAUUUCCGUUAUGGUGAAUUGUUUCCUGUUGUGUUUAAUGCCCGGUCUAAACGCAUAAAUGGCCCGCCAAGGAGGGUUAAAAACAUAGCGGAGCGUAAUAAAACGUAAAAAAGGUGUAAUAAAUUUAUAGCAGAAACCUGUGGAAUACUAUGUUCAAAACGAUGACUGAAUUUGGUCCAGAUUCCGGGGGGCGCGUUAAGGGAGUGACCAUAGUGAAGCCCAUUGUGUUCGGAAAUGUUGCCCGUUACUUUGGCAAAAAGAGAGAGGAAGAUGGACACACACACCAGUGGUCUGUUUAUGUAAAACCUUACAGAAACGAGGACAUGUCUGCCUAUGUAAAGAAGAUUCAGUUCAAGUUACACGAGAGUUAUGUUAAUCCACUCAGAGUGGUCACAAAGCCUCCAUAUGAGAUUACAGAGACAGGAUGGGGAGAGUUUGAAAUCAUCAUCAAGAUCUUUUUUAUUGACCCCAAUGAGAGACCAGUUACUCUGUACCAUCUACUGAAGCUGUUCCAGUCAGAUUCCAGCGCCAUGCCCAAGAAAACUGUCGUCUCUGAGUUCUAUGAUGAAAUGAUUUUUCAAGAUCCAACAGCAAUGAUGCAGCAGCUGCUGACCACAUCCAGACAACUCACCCUUGGUGCCUAUAAGCAUGAAACAGAGUUUGGUGAACUGGAGCAGAAGACAAAGGAGAAACUAGAAGCAGCAAAGAAGAGAACAAGCCAAGAAAUCACAGAGCUGAAAGAUAAGCUGAAAGCCAGCAGGGAGAACAUCAACCACUUGAAGACGGAGAUAAGGAAGCUGGAGGAGGAUGGAGAUCAUAAAGAGCACUGAAGGGUGCUAAAGAAGAAAAAAAAAAUGAUGUUCUGUCAUCGUUUUUUUUUUUUUUAAUCUCUCCUUUUUUCCAUCAGUUGCUUGAGUACAAAACAAGACUUUUGAAACAUGUAUUUUGUGUUGUAAAGUUUAUUUUUUUGUGUAAUUCCUUAUUUUCAUAGCGUUGCGUCUAGGGACAGGCUUAGGGGGCGGAUAAAACUAGCCAUUUCUCGAAUUUAAAAUUUUUACUUGAUUGUAGUUCAAUCAAAAGUUUCAUGUUUUCAUUUGUCUCUCUUUUUUUUGCAAGGGGCAGCAUGUGCUUAUUUCUAGUUUGUCAUUUUGACUGUUCAUAUUUUAUUGAUGUGACUUUUUUAAAUAAACUAUUGGUA